AUGUCUUCACAUUCUUCUUCUGCUACUACUGAACCACACACCAGCUCCUUCAAAGAACUCUCUAUUCAGGAUGUCGAGAGAGCUUCGGGACGAAUUGUAAAAUAUAUUCAUCGUACGCCUGUAAUGACAAGCUCAUCACUUUCUGGAAUGACUGGAAUUCCUGGUUGUACUUUGUAUUUAAAGUGUGAAAAUUUCAACAAAGUGGGAGCGUUUAAAAUUAGAGGUGCCACUAAUGCAGUUUUAAAUGCAUUGGAAAAUGGUGAUGAUGAAUUGAAGAGAAAAAUCAAGGAGGGCGGAGUCACUACUCAUUCAUCAGGUAAUCAUGCUCAAGCAUUAGCAAAAACAGCUCAAAUGUUAGGAAUUCCUGCUCAUGUGGUCAUGCCUUCAAAUUCUCCAGCUGUGAAAAAGAAUGCUGUCGAACAAACUUACGGAGCUCGUGUCAUCUUGUGUGAACCAACUUUAAAAGCAAGAGAAGAAACUUGUGAAAAGAUCAUGAAAGAGACUGGCGCAAUAUUCAUUCAUCCCUAUGACAAUGAUGAUGUCAUUGCUGGGCAAGGAACUGCCGUCUUGGAAUUAUUGGAACAAGUGAAAGUGGAACAACAUAACUCUCCUUCACAGUUUCCGUUGGAUGUUUUAAUCGUUCCAGUCGGUGGUGGAGGUCUCUGUUCAGGAUCCUCUCUCUAUUUCAAACAGAAGGCUACUCUCGAAUUGAGCGAGACUCAACCUGAAAAACUCAAGAAAACCAUGGUCAUUGGAGUGGAACCUGAGCUUGUCAAUGAUGCACAAAGAUCCCUACAAGCCAAACAAUUAAUUGGAAACGAUCCCAAUGUACCAUCGAAUACAAUUUGUGAUGGCUUGAAAACCAAUCUCUCAGAACGUACUUUCCAUUACAUUUCAAAAUAUGUGGAUCGAAUUUUUACUGUUUCGGAUGAACAAGUGUCACGAGCCAUGAAACUUGUUUGGGAGCGUAUGAAAAUUGUGAUUGAACCAUCGAGUGCUACGGUAGUGGCCUUGACAUUAUUCCACGAAGAAUUUAAACAAUUGGCUCUUGAGAAUGAAUGGAAGAAUAUUGGAAUGGUCAUUAGUGGUGGAAAUACAUCGAUGGGAAAGUAA